AUGGAUGUGGUGCAUCUGCCUGUCACGAAGAGACUGGACCUUACCGUGCGGUUAGGUUUUGAGCCAAAGGCUUUGGUUGAGGACCCUAAUCGUCCUCCUGUCUACGUGUGGGCGCCCUGGCAGUAUCCCAGCCCACCUAAAACCAUGAAUUGCACAUACACAAAUAAACUCAUGCCACAUCGGCCGUCGCGUGGUGCCAUCAGCCGGGUGAAAGUUGGGAGCAAGAUGGCUCAGUGGAUAGAACGCGAAUUCAAUAACCGGAAGGUAUAUGAUUCCGAACCGACUUCUGCAUCUCGGCUUUCCCUGUCUAGGUUCAGGAAACCUGGCAGUAUUCCAGCCCUCGUGCUUACUUUGGUUUGUAUGACAGCUAGGCACUGA